GUUUCUACUCAAUCAUAAAACAGCAGGAUCGAGCCAGGGAGAAAACAAAGACGCGUUUUUAUGUUUUCCAAAAUGCACGAGGCUUUGUUGAUAGAUAUCGCAAACGGGGGCUGCCUUACAUGUUUUCGAGCGUCAGUUUUGGAGAGUUUAUCCAGAGAUUGCCACGUCUUUUUGCUUUACGCGACGCAAAAUAAGGACAAUAACGACGUGAUUGCAAAGUUGAGGGAUAUAUCUAAAAGCAUUCACAUCUUGGACAGUGUCACUAUCGCCAGUUGCUUGUAUGUCUUCAAACAAAUCAUAGAUGAACUCGAUCUCAGCGUCAUAAAAGUCCUCACGUCUCCAAAUGGAAAAGAGUCGAUAGAUUUGUACAGAGAGUGGCUGUUUACGGCGGUGUACAGGUUUGAGUUUGAGAUCAUCGCGUCAGAAAAGUGCACCUGUGGAGAAUGUCCCAGCCGCGCGCCAUUGGACUCACCUGGAGAGAAGGUGCGCAGAGAAGUGGACGAGUUUGUGCAGCAGCUGCCCGCGUUAAAAGGACAGAUUACAGUCAGCAAGUCCACUCUAAUACCAGAUUGCUUUGGGCACGGCUUCAGCUCGCGUUGUGGUGGUGUCUCAUACAUCUCCUCUCUCUCAUCUCUGAACCUGUUUUGUAGCAGUAAGAGGAGAGACCCGCACGCUGUGGUGGGUGAGAACCGGAGGAGACUAGCUCUGGUUGCUGGAUUUUACCCCAAAACAAUGCACUUUCCGAAGGUGAACCAUGGCAGUGACGUGUGGGUGUUUGGAAAACCUGAGCCAGAUAGUUAUGAUGGGAUAGUGACAGACCAAACUGGAGUGGUCCUGGCUGCUCCGGGCGCAGACUGUAUCCCCCUGCUGUUCUGUGACCCAGUGCACAGGGUCAUAGGAGCCACUCACGCAGGUUGGAAAGGUACGUUGAUGGGAGCUGCCAUGGCGACAGUGGACUCUAUGGUGCGUGAGUUUGGGAGCGACAUUCGAGACAUUAAAGUGGCCCUAGGUCCUUCUGUGGGAGUCUGCUGUUAUUCCAUGGACCAGAACCAGGCAUCGGAGUUCUCCAAGAUCCAUCCAAACUGUGUACCUGAUCCUGAGUCCACCCACCCACAUGUCAACAUACGCCUCGCAAACAGAGUGCUGCUGCAGAACGGAGGGGUCCUGCCUGAGAACAUUCAUGAUGACACAGUUUGGGACAGGCCUCAGGUGACACCCUGCACUUCCUGUAAGCCUCAGAAAUACUUUUCCCAUGUUCGAGACGGUCUAAACUUUGGGACUCAAGUUGGCUUCAUCUGGAUCAGAGAGUUUGAACCAGGGACCGAAACUGAGGCUGCUACUUUGGUGUGAUUAAUCAGAAAGGAAAUCUAAAGCCCUUUACAAACAGCACACCCAGGUGCUCUCUGGGAGCUGUCGCCAGCCCCUUCUCCUCCUGCCCUGUGCCGUACAAACAUGUCAAUAAAAUCUAUGGUACUUCUGUAUUUUGCAUUUAAACAGAAGAGGAACAAGUCUGUUUGCCACAGUGGGAGUGAGGGGAGUGAGGGAUGACGAUGUAUCAGUGCAUCAGCUGACAACUCAAACCUACCAAGACACCAACAGUGCUUUACAGUGCUUUAUUCACUCCACACUCAAUGGUGGUAAGAUACUAUUGUAGACUGACAAAAGUGAGUCUGUCAAUCUCUACCAUGUUGUCGUGUAGGUGAAGAGUCUUGCCAGGACACAACAGGAAUCAAGUAAAUCAGCAUUACAAUUGUUAUCAUUAAGGGUAAUACUGGGUUUGAACAUGUUACCUUGUAUCUGGGGACAGAUAGGUCAUGUUUUAUAGUGAUUAUAACUGCACUACAGUGGCCCUAUUGGAAGAGCCACAUCAAAAACAGUCUUCACAUUAGCUGCAGUUUUGGAGAUACUCAUCACUUUGUCAAACUCGCUGUUGAGGUCAAAGUGCUUUUUUACUCCCAACAUAUCCCACUCACUAACCAUAAU